AUGGCUUCAGAUGACGACAAUCGCUCACAGAAGCGUAAUCACUCAGAGUUUCGCGACGAUGCUUCAGACAGCUCCUCCGACGAUGACAUGGGCCCUCAGCUACCUUCACAAGCUCCCAAGAAGAAAAGAAGAGUCCUCCCCCACGAAAAGCUUUACGUCGCCGCUUUACCAAAGGCACCACGUUACUCCAAGUCCUUGAUGCACAAGGAGCAAAUCCUCUUUGCGACAUGGACGCCCCUGACCGAAUUUCUUAUCACCUCCUCGAUAGAUGGCGUCGUCAAGUUCUGGAAAAAGAUCGCCCAGGGUAUCGAGUUUGUUAAGGAGUUUAAAGCGCACGACGGCGAGAUCAAAUCGGUUUCUGUGAGCAAGGACGGACGAAGCUUUGCGACUGCUGGUGUGGACGAAACUGUAAAGAUCUUUGAUGUUAUCACGUUCGAUCUAUUAUCUAUGGUUUCGCUCAACUACGCUCCCAACUGUGUAUGCUGGGUUCACACCAAAGGCGCAUCCUUGCCGCUCCUGGCCGUCUCCGAAGAAACCAAGCCCCUGAUACAUAUCUACGACGGAAGAGGAGAGAAGGAGGAGGCUAUCCACACAAUCAAGGGCUUACACCGAAAGCCUGUUCAUUUGAUGGCGUUCAACGAGGCAUACGAUUGUGUGGUUUCCGCUGACGAGGGUGGCAUGCUUGAGUACUGGCGACCAAGCGGCGACUACGACAAGCCUGAGGGUGUUUUUGAGUACAAGAGCUCAACCAACUUGUUUGAUUUCAAAAAGGCCAAAUCCGUGCCCUCGUGUAUCUCCAUCUCUCCCAACGGCAAGAGCCUUGCAGCCCUUUCUCUGCCUGAUAGAAAGAUUCGAAUCUUUGACUUUGCAACAGCCAAGCUACACCGCGAAUAUGAUGAGUCUCUACAGGUUGCUGAAGAGAUGCAUCGUUCAGGAACAGGGGCUACUAAACUGGAUAAUGUUGAAUUCGGGCGACGAGCUGCCCAUGAGAGGGAUAUUGAGUCGCAGACGCUCAAGUACAAGUCCAAUGUGAUUUUUGACGAAUCAGGGAACUUCAUUAUCUACGGUUCCAUGCUGGGAAUAAAGGUUCUCAACACGUAUACUAACCAGGUAGUCAAGGUGUACGGCAAGGAUGAGAACUUCCGUGCUGUCAACAUUGCCAUAUAUCAAGGACAGCCUCAAAAGAAGGGAAUCACGACAGUAGAAAUGGGCGCUUCCAGCAACCCUCUUUUACAAGAAGCAGAAACCCGAGACCCAAUCUUGGUCGCAACUGGUGUUGGCAAGGUGCGAUUUUACAUGUUCUCCAACGAGGAGGAUAUCUCCAAGUCGACACGAGAUGUCCAGAACGAGAAGCCUACAAUGCUAGGCCACAAGAAGGACACACAGGCCAAGAAGACCGAGACCGGUACCGGUGCCAUUCUCCACACGACAUACGGCGAUAUUCACAUCCGUCUAUUCCCCGAUGCAGCACCGAAAACUGUUGAGAACUUUGUCACACACUCCAAGAGCGGCUACUACAACAACACAAUCUUCCACAGAGUGAUCCGCAAGUUCAUGAUUCAAGGCGGUGACCCUCUCGGCGAUGGAACCGGAGGCGAGAGUAUCUGGGGGCGUGAAUUUGAAGAUGAGUUCAGCAGUCUCAAACACGACAAGCCGUUCACAGUCAGCAUGGCCAAUGCCGGACCCAACACCAAUGCUAGUCAGUUCUUCAUCACGACAGAAAAGACUCCUUGGCUAGACGGGAAGCAUACCAUAUUUGGUCGUGCAACACAGGGUUUCGAUAUCAUUCAAAAAAUUGAGAACGCGCGGACGCACAAGGAGAAGCCAGAGGAGGACAUUAAGGUGCUUAACAUCGAUAUCAUAUAG